AUGGAUCCAGCCAAUCUGCCCUCAAAUCCUCAAGAGAACGCGUCUGCUACUAUUCUUGGUUCUACUGUUUCUAUUGUCACUUUGGCUACAAUUGUUGUACUUGCUCGUUUGUAUGUGCGAGUGUUUAUUAUUCGUGGUACUGGAUGGGAUGAUGCAUUCAUGAUAUUAACGAUGGCCCUCAAUUGGGCCGGAGAGGGUGCCAUCAUUGCUUCGGUGGUCUAUGGGGCUGGGCAACACAUCGGCGAUGUCGAUCCAGCUGUCUUUCAAAAAGGAAUGAAGCUCAACUUUAUCAGUCAACCCAUUUUCCUUAUAGCUAUCUGUGUCGUAAAGCUAUCUGUCGGAUUUGCUUUACUACGAAUUGCCUCUACCAAAUUCUACCGAUGGCUUAUUUGUGGUAUCAUGAUAUUCAUGUCAAUCUAUACCAUUGGAUGCUUCUUUACUGUGGUACUUCAAUGUACGGACCUUCGUGCCCUCUGGGAUCCUCUAGUCCCCAUGCAAUGCUGGGACCAGCGCACCCUCCAGAGCCUAUCAUACACAAAUGCGGCUCUAAAUAUCUUGACCGAUCUUUUCUUCGCCGUCAUUAUUCCUACUCCCAUGCUAUGGAAUCUCAACGUCCACUUCCGCACUCGAAUAACACUCCUUGCCAUUCUUGGCCUCGGUGUCUUUGCCUGCGCUGCCGCCAUUGUAAAAGUCGGCUAUGUUACCAACUACGGCAAAGUCGGUGACUGGCUCUGGGACUCUCGCAACAUUAGCAUCUGGACCGUCGUCGAGCUUAAUGUUGGUGUUAUUGGUGGCAGUCUGCCCUGUCUCAAGCCACUGUUCCGCCGCUUCCUCGGCACAUACUAUGGCAAGGACUCCAAGAAAACUCCGACUACUGGCAACACUGGCUAUGGUCGUGGGACCCUGCGAAGCGCGACAGGGAUUAGCGCAAAGAACUGGCAUACUUUGUCAAGUGGCAACAGAAAGGAUGAUGAAACGAGCAGCCAAGAAGUUAUCAAUGGUGACUAUGAGCUUCGAGACAGUAUAACAAGCCCUCACGGGUUUACCAACCAUGCGACAGUCCUCGGUAACAUUGAUGUACAAUCGAGUGACGACGAGGGCGCUGAUGACGCAGCACACCGAGGUCUCCAUAUGCAAGGCAUUACGAAAACCACCAUGACGACGGUCAAAGUUUCCAGGGCGGGACAUUGA